AUGAAGGGGAGAAAAGAUAAAUUUAUUCAAAAUCUUUUAGGAAUUCUUUGGCCACAUAAUUUAUCCAAAUCCAAACGAAUUUGCAGUCGAGUCCCGCGAAUGCUUUCUGGACUUCAUUUUUCGGUUUAUAUUCGUGCAUUUUUGGACAAUGAAUUUUCUAGUGCGGAGAAUGAUCAUCAAAAAUUAUUAACAAAUUGGAAUUUUGGAUUAUCAAAAGCGAAAUAUCAAUUUAUGUUAAUUUGUGACAGCAAUAAUUUGAAAAAUAAUUGUAUUCCAAAAAUGAACGAAAUGCUUGAAUGUUUUCAAUCAACUAGGGGAGGUAUAAUUGUUGGACCAAACGAUAUUUUUCCUUUAAAGAAUGGGCAAUUUGAAGAAAUUAAAAAUUUAGCUAAAAAGAGAUUAAGAGAAUUUAAAUAGUUUUUUAAUGUUGUUUUAAAAUUGUUUUUUAAAUUAUAAUUUAAAAAAUUGAAACGGGUUUUUAAAUAUGUAUUUUUUUAAUCUGCUAAAGUUAUUUUUAUGACUCGUUAUAAAGAUUUGAUUUGUCUUUAAUAAAAAGAGUUCUAGCCAGGUUUUCGGUACAUAUUUGACUUGUCCCUUUUUCGAAUCCGAGAAAAUUUUUGAGAACUCAACUGUGACUCCGCGUGACAUCCCUGAUUUGUGUCUUUAUUAAUUAGCCUUAAAAAUCUACAAAUUACGAAAACUAAUUUUUUCUCAUCCAAUAAGCCUUUCAAAGAGGGAGGUGUUCUGUAGUGGUGGCUAAUAUUUAAACCUUAUUAAAAUACUAUAAAAGCCACACUUAAUUGUCAGUCCGUGUCUUUUAAUUGUUAUCCCAACCUUAUUCUAUUCAACCUUAUUGUACAUAUUUUUUGUGUAAUAAACACAUUUUUGUUCUGCUACUUUAUUGUUGUGCAAGGAUACUCGUUACGAUAUUCUGAAUCGCCUAUCGCAGUUUCUUUUUAAACUAUUCCUGAGCUGGCUGUCCGCAGUGGGAUUGUAAACGAAAAGGAUGUUAAUCGUGCCCGUGAUGUUCUUUAACGUGUCCGUGAUGAGAUUGGUAAGACAUGAGCAAAAG